AUGUAUCGAAAGACACGAUUCGUCUGUGUGUCUGACACUCAUGCCUACACUCCCUCAGAAGCAGGAUAUAAACUAUCGCCUGGUGAUGUUUUGAUCCAUGCCGGGGAUCUUACCAAUCAAGGAAGCAUGUCUGAGCUACGCAGAACAAUGGACUGGAUCUCCAAGGCUGACUUUGAAGUCAAGAUCAUCGUUGGUGGGAACCACGACAUUACACUAGACCCAAGCUUUUACGCCGAAUACGGAUCCAGCUUCCACCACCAAAACCUCGAAGAUCCCCAGAAAUGCAUACAAGUAGUAAUGGAAUCAUCGCCUUCGAUCGUGUUUCUCAGGCAUCAGUCAGCGCUAAUUCGCCUGACCCGACCAGACGGUCCAAACACGUUGUUUAAAGUCUUUGGUUCCCCACAUUCCCAGUUCAAAGGGAACUGGGCAUUUGGCUAUGAGGACGCAGAUGGCCCUGUACUUUGGGAUCAAAUACCAUUGGAUGCAGAUGUUGUUGUGACGCAUACACCGCCUCAUUCACACUGCGAUAGGAAAUUGACGGGAGAAUCGAAGGGGUGCAAGGCCCUCCGCCAGGCUUUGAGCGAUGUCAGACCAAUGCUUUCCAUUUGCGGUCAUGUACAUGAAUCGCGAGGCUAUGAAAGGGUUCGAUGGCCACUCACGUCUCCAUCCUCAUGCGCAGGGGUCGAACAAUAUUCAGUGAUCAGGGGAGUUUUACCCCCUUUAGGAAGCAAAAAGCAAAGCCUUGUGGAUCUCACAGGCAAGAAGGCGCAGCGUCUGGACAAUGAUGGAUUCUCAAAUUACGGCCUUCUGGCGACAUCACUUCCACCAUCACAAGAUACCGUAAUAUUACCGUCUAGCCGUGACGGUUUUCCUGACACUAAUCAGGAGGUGAGGCGACAGGCUCAGCAGAUGAAUAAUCAGAAUGAUUUUGAUGACAGAAAGCUUGAGAUACGAUCACGUAGGAAGGAAACCUGCAUUGUCAACGCGGCCAUCAUGGCAAACAGCUGGCCUCACCGAGGGGGCAAAAAAUUCAAUACUCCUAUUGUGGUUGACCUGGAACUUCCAGUAUGGAAAGAAGGGACAGAGCAAUGA